AUGCCGCCUCCUCCCAAAUCCCUCCCUUCCAAAUCCUCCUCCAUCACUGCCCCUGCCCUCUCUGCCAAGGGGCCACUCCUGCCCCCGUACCCUCCUGCCCCCGUACCCUCCUGCCCCCGUACCCUCCUGCCCCCGUACCCUCCUGCCCCCGUACCCUCCUGCCCCCGUACCCUCCUGCCCCCGUACCCUCCUGCCCCCGUACCCUCCUGCCCCCGUACCCUCCUGCCCCCGUACCCUCCUGCCCCCGUACCCUCCUGCCCCCGUACCCUCCUGCCCCCGUACCCUCCUGCCCCCGUACCCUCCUGCCCCCGUACCCUCCUGCCCCCGUACCCUCCUGCCCCCGUACCCUCCUGCCCCCGUACCCUCCUGCCCCCGUACCCUCCUGCCCCCGUACCCUCCUGCCCCCGUACCCUCCUGCCCCCGUACCCUCCUGCCCCCGUACCCUCCUGCCCCCGUACCCUCCUGCCCCCGUACCCUCCUGCCCCCGUACCCUCCUGCCCCCGUACCCUCCUGCCCCCGUACCCUCCUGCCCCCGUACCCUCCUGCCCCCGUACCCUCCUGCCCCCCGAGAAGCGAUCCUCUUCUCGGGCGUCCAUCCAUCGGGGAAACGUUCUGGACCGCGGCUUUCGAGGUCCAACAUUCCAAAACGGACACUGCACAUGA